AUGUCAUCGGCACCUCGGAAGUGCCUUGGCGUAGGCUGUGAAAAGGCUGCCGACUCCCUUCAGUGUCCCACCUGCAUCAAGCUCGGCAUCAAGGACAGCUUCUUCUGUUCGCAGGAAUGCUUUAAGAAAAGUUGGAGCGAGCACAAGGCGCUUCAUAGGUCUCAGGGUAAUAUCCUACACCACAUCCUUGCUCCGAAGGUAGUUUCUGAACCCGAUCCAGCUACUGGCCACUUCAACCCCUUCCCGACCUUCAACUAUACUGGCGCCCUCCGCCCCGUCUAUCCCCUCUCGCCUAAGCGUGUCAUCCCCAAGAGCAUACGACACCCCGAAUGGUCCGAAGAUGGUGUCCCCAAGUACCGAGCCAUGCCUGGCCGGAAUAAGAUCGAGAUACUCGACGCCAAAGCCCAAGACAGCAUGCGCAAGGUCUGCCGCCUCGCGCGUGAAGUUCUCGACAUCGCCGCUGCCGCUAUCCGCCCCGGAGUCACCACCGACUACAUAGACGAGAUUGUCCACAAGGCUUGCAUAGAGAGAAAAUCAUAUCCAUCACCACUCAACUAUAACCACUUUCCCAAGUCUGUCUGCACAUCACCAAACGAAGUCAUCUGUCAUGGCAUACCCGAUCAGCGCGUCCUGCUAGACGGAGAUAUCCUCAACAUCGACGUCACCCUCUAUCACGAGGGUUUUCACGGCGACCUGAACGAGACGUACUACGUUGGCGACAAGGCUAAGGCGGAUCCGGACUCCGUGAGGGUAGUGGAAACGGCACGCGAAUGUCUCGAUCUCGCCAUCAAGGCUGUGAAGCCGGGCGUCCCAUUUAGGGAGUUUGGUAACAUUAUCGAGAAGUAUGCCAAGUCAAAGGGCUGCAGUACCAUCCGGUCCUACUGCGGUCACGGCAUCAAUCGGCUCUUCCACUGCGCUCCCAACAUCCCACAUUAUGCAAAAAACAAGACUCCUGGCGAAGCGAAGCCAGGUAUGACUUUCACCAUCGAGCCCAUGAUUGCGCUAGGGUCGUAUCGUGAUGUCACCUGGCCAGAUAACUGGACGAGCACAACGAUAGACGGCAAGAGAACCGCACAGUUUGAACACACUCUCCUCGUCACCGAGACUGGCGUGGAAAUAUUAACGGCAAGGAUGCCAGACUCCCCAGGGGGGCCGGUUUCGAUGCCCGCCGAGGCGCGAGAGACGAACGAUCGCAAAUGA